AUGCAUGGUGACCUUUACAAGGGAGCUCCAGACUGGGAAAGCAGCUCAGACGAGACCUCCAAGCAGGUUAUCUUACUGGAGCUCACUGUCCCUUUGGAGGACCGCAUUGAGGAGGUCAAUGACAGAAGGAGGGUGAAGUACGAGGACCUGGUGGAGCAGUGCCGCAGGCAGGGGUGGAGAGCAAGAUGUGAGCCUGUUGAAGUGGGCUGCAGAGGGUUCGCAGGUGUCCACUGCCAGGAGAUGUCAGAAGACACCAAGAACCAAGCUCCCUUCCCUGUCUACCCCUCAGUUGGCUACCAGAUCCUCAAUGCAGACCACCUACUGCUGAGAGAGAAUAGCCAAGAGCUGCUGGGGAACUCCGGCCUGCAGGCCCAGAGGCAGGCCUUCCUCAUCACCAACCCCGGGGCGGGCCUCCUGCGGCCGGCCGUCAACGCCACGUACGGCCCCCUGUCUGUGGCGAGGCCUAUCGGCCGAGAGCUGCUCCUCAGUGGCCGUAGGAUCCUUCCUGUUAUCCUGGCCCGCCAGGUCCGCUCCUCCACGCCCAUUGUCAGAAUCCUCUUCCACAUGCCCGAUUUGGCCAGUGGAGGUGACGCUGGGAUGAAGGGAGGGGAAAAAGAAGACAGGGGUAGUGGUGGGAGGAAGGGUGCGGCGGAGGAGGGGGCGCAUUGUGUGACGGCGUAUGCCUUCUGGGAGACACGGGAGGUGCGGGGGGCAUGCCUGCUGUCCCCAGGGGGAUUCUGUGUGGCCCAGUUGAAGCCUGAGCCAGCCUGGUUCAGCCCCAGGGAAAGACUGGGAGAGGUGCAGGGGAACCCCGUAGAGAUCUACUUCCAAAGCCGACGGGACCGGACGGGCCAGUGUGUGCCCCAGGACAGCCUGCAGCGUGUGGGGGUGGGGAGGGGAGGCCCAGUGGGGUCUGGUAUACCAAUGAGGAGGGUAGGGAGUGUCAACCUCCUAAAGGCCUCACCUGGGAACCCUACAUUUCUGCGUCUGAGACUAGGGGGAGCCUUGGUAGUCCAGACCUCCUCCAAACCACUGAGAACCACCGACUUUGCCACUUUCUAUGUGUUCCUGUCCAAUGUGUCUGCUGUGGAGAGCUUCACUCUUAGAGCCACAGUGAGGAAGGGCAUGUCAUUCAGUACAGCGAGGCCCAGUGACUCAGCCUUAUGGGACAUCGCCCUGGAGUCUGGCAGAGGGGGCGCAAACACCAUCUCUGCAGUGUGUCAGAGGAAAACCACCACCAUCGGGAAAAGGAUUGCCAGGGGUCUGUUGGAGGUAUUGCAGCUUGACUUUGAGACCAAGGAGUUGACUGAUCAACAAUCAGAGAGCCAGAUGAUCACAUGGCGUUUUGAGACAGGAAACAUCAAGGAUGUCGGCGUCAUGAGGAUCUAUACAUCUCAGAGAGACUACGUGGGUCUGGCACCACUGGUCAUGGACAGUGACGUGCUGAACACAGCUGUUCUGACUGCUAAGAAGGUGUCUGUCCCAGUCAGGACUCUGGCUGUGGAGGCUGACGGCUCCGUCACUGAUGUCACCAACUACACCAACUGCAGGUCCACUGAUGAAAACGUGCUGAAGGUGUCGGAUCGUUGUGACUAUGUGUUUGUGAAUGGGAAGGAGACGAGGGGGAUGAUGAGGAUGGUGCUCAACUUCACCUACAGCUACCUGAGCGCCCAGCUGGAGAUGAGUGUGUGGAUGCCCCGCCUCCCCCUGGUCAUCGAUGUGGCUGACCCCGAGCUCAGCCAGAUCAAGGGCUGGAGGGUCCCGGUGGCCGCUGGCAACAAGAGGACCAGCUGGGACAGUGAGGAAGAGGAGGAGAUGAGGAAGGGCAGGGGCUGCAUGCUACAGUACCAACACACUGUGGUUAGGGUGCUCACACCCUUUGUAGCCGAGCCGUCGGACCCAGCUCCAGACCCCAUGGCAGGGAAAGUGGGGGGGGCUCUGGAGAGUUUCCUGGGGACAGACUGGCAGGUGGAUGUCACCAGGCUGGUGCGUUACUCUUUCAGGGUGAGAGACCCAGCUAUAGCCACACUACAGGCUGGGACUGUACUGCAGGGACGCGCUGCAGGGACCACGACUCUACAGGUGAUGUCUCCUCUGUCUGACUCGAUCCUGGCUGAGCGGAUGGUCAGGGUUCUGGAUGAGAAAGUGAGCGUGACAGAGCUGGGAGUGCAGCUGGUGUCUGGCCUCUCUCUGUCCCUCCAGCUCAGCUCAGGGAGCAACAGGGCCAUUGUCGCCAUGGCUACCACACAGGAAGUCAUGCAGAAACCCAAACAGGAGGCACUGGUCAGCUGCUGGGUCCAGUUCAGUGAUGGCUCAGUGACCCCUCUGGACCUCUUUGACCGCAGCGUCUACUCCCUGACUGUGACUUCAUGGGACGAGAGAGUAGCGACUGUGCGCCGGACCCCCCAGUCAGCGUUUAUGGUGGCGGAGGGCGAGGGUCAGGGGGCGCUGGUGAAGGCAGAGCUGAGGAUUUGUGAGGAGUGCCAGAAGUCCAAGAGAAAGAGCAAGCUGGUGGUGGGCAACGGGCUUCUCAGGGUCACUUUCCAGAUGGGCAGCAGGCCCGACGGAGGGGACACUGGUGGGGGUGUUGCUGAGUAUGGCAAUGAUGGUUCAGAGUCAGAGGGAGAGCCUAAGCCUGUUGUGACAUUACCAUGGGAGCCCACAGCAGUCGUGGCAUCCCAACGAGAGCCUGAGCGCGUUGUGACCUCACCACAGAUUCUAACUGAGGGGGGCGGAGACAGACGCUCGUUCAGGAGCACUGUGCCAGACCUCCAGGAGACCAUCAUGACUGACGUCACCACAUCAUCUAGCAGGGCUCAGGAAGUGGCUGGAGGUGGCAUCUCUACCAUCAGCACCACUACCACCAACACUGACAGUAGUACCACCACCAUGGGCAAACCUGGCACUGACAAACCUCUGGUGACUGGCAGACCUGGCAGGGAUAGAACCCUGGGAAGAGGACAGGGGCUGAGGAGAGACUGGGGAAACCUGGUGGAAAACCCCAACCAGAAGAAAAAGAUGCCCAAAGCAGAGGCACCACCCCAGAAAGAGCAGCCCAAGCCACCGCUGGUGGUGGAGAGUGACCUGGUGAGGACAUUUAGAGCCAUGUCAGACCUAGAGAUCGGUAUCUUCGCCCUGGUGGGGGUCUCUGUGGUGGCCAUCCUGGCCUUCCUGCUAAACUGCACCUCCUAUAACCUCUGCUUCCGGGGCCACAAGACCCCCAUCCAGGGCAACCCAGAUCCCAACAGCCCUAAGGAGCACAGGAAUGACUGGGUGUCACUGGGGACCACAACAGGUCCCCAAGUCUCCACCCUCAAGCGUGAGAACCACCGCUCAAUGGAGUCCAACUGCAGCCUGCAAAGUCACAGCUCCAUAGAUACCCACCGGGCCCUGGAGAGCAGUCUGAGUAUGAGUGCUAUCCCAGAGAGGACAGCCACCCUGGGCAGGAGGACCAGCUCCCAGCAGGUUCCCGCCCUGGACCCCACUGCCCAGCGUUCAGCCACCCUCCUAGCCAAGCCCACCUGCAGCGAUCCCCUCCACUCCCCCACCAGCAAGAGGAACCAGGUCCAGUUCACCACCUUCACCACGCUGGACAUUAAGCACCUGGCUGCCCUGAAGAGGAACGAAGUGGACUUUAACUGGCCCAGUCAGGCUGGGGGAGCUGGGGAGCCUCAGGGGCCCCUACCUGACAUGCCAUGGCCUGUAGUCAGACCCCUGGGCGAGCCAAAGUGA